AUGCGAUGCAACUUGCUGUGCAGCGGAUUGGUCCUCACAGGGCUCGCCUCUGCUAUUGACCAUGGAACUUUUCAAGACCCCGCCAACAAUGCACGUUUGAAAUUUCGAUACUGGCUACCGGAUGCCAGUGUUGAUAUCGCUACUGUGCAACGGGAUAUCAGAGCCGCUGGCACAUUGGGUGCAGGUGGUGUGGAAUUUGUGCCGCUCUACAACUAUGGUGCAUCCUUGGCAGCACCACCAAAAGGGGCAGAUUGGGCAACAUACGGAUUUGGAACCCCGGCUUUCAAUGAAGUGUUCAAGGCUUCUCUAAAAGCUGCCAAAGAUGCAGGAAUGCGAAUGGAUUUUGCACUAGGGCCAAGUGCCGCGCAAGGUGUACCGUCCAACGUGACUGACGCAGGAUUGCACUGGGAUCUGGCGCAUUUCAACGUUAGUAUCCCAACCAACGGUAGCUAUUCGGGAACCAUUCCCGGAUGGGGAACAGGGGAGCUUGUCGCCUUAGUCUCUGCCAGGUCAAUCUCUUCCUCUAAAAUUACGAACCCGGCGAGUAGCCUCUUUUCUACGCCUGCCAAUCAAGCAACCCGAAUGGUUCUCGAUACAGACUCCCUUAUCGACCAUACUGAUCGAGUCAGCCUUGACGGAAGGGUGUCUCUGUCGCUGACCAACGGGUCGAGCCAUGGUACUCAACAUUUGUUUGCCUACUACCAAUAUCAAGAUUUGGUCAAAAACCUUGACAUUGAAAGCAACGUCACGGGAACUAUUUUCGAUAAUGGUUCGUAUACCGUCGAUCAUUAUAGUCCCCGAGGUGCUGAGACUGUCAAGACUUUUUGGGAGACCCACAUUCUCAACGAUACAGAAAUUGUGGCGCUCCUGAAUGAAGUCGGAACCUAUGGGUGGGAGGAUAGCCUUGAGAUCAAAUCCAACAUUUCAUGGUCGCCCUCCAUCCCAGAACGGUUCGAGAGCUUGAAUGGCUAUCGGCUCCACAAGUAUCUCCCGCUUCUGCAAUACGGAAACAACAAUCCUGGUGUGCAGCCAUCAUACCCGGGAAAGUUGAAAUGUGUUGGAGAUGACCACCACAGAGGGGAAGGGUUCUUGAAUGACUUCCGUGCCACUUUGGCUGCAGGCUACGGUGAAUAUCUGGAUACGUUGACAUCUUGGCUUCAAGCUCUCGGGUUGGGAUACUCCGCACAGGUUUCCUAUAACCUACCAAUUGACAUGCAAACCAACAUUGAUCGAGUCGAUGCCCCUGAAUGUGAAAGCCUUGCUUUCAACGACAAUAUUGACGGCUACCGUCAAUUUUCAGGACCCGCAAAUGUUGCCCAAAAGCCAGUGAUCUCAAAUGAGAUGGGUGCUGAUCUUCAGAAGGCGCUUGCUCAGCCUAUCUCAGAGCUUCUGGGACAGAUCAACAUUGCAUUUGCUGGCGGUGUAAACCAGGUCGUGCUGCAUGGCCAAACAUUCACUGGUGACUACUUUGAAACCACCUGGCCCGGAUAUCUCAGCUUUUUCCUACUUUUCUCGGAGUCAUACAUGGACAAGCAGCCAGCUUGGGAGUUGGGAAUGCCAGACAUGAUUGGAUACGUCAACCGGAAUCAGUAUAUUCUCCACAAAGGCCAACCUCGAACCGACGUGGCCUUCUUCAACAAGGUUUCAUACACCGACCCUCAACUCAACACACUGUAUACCGAGGAAGACUUGGUCAAUGACGGUUACACUUACACGUACUUGAACCCAACCAACCUCAACCUCUCUCAGGCCUAUGUGUCUGAUGGGCUUCUCGCUCCAGAGGCACCCGCAUAUCAAGCCUUGGUUAUUACUGCCCAAGAGAACAUGACGCUUGAUGCAGUUUCAAGGAUUCAGAAAUUAGCGAAUUCUGGCCUCCCCAUAGUGCUCAGUGGUGGAAUUCCCGGGUACUACCCUACUGGAAAUGCAUCUGACCGGGAUGCUGUCAUGGCUGCUUUACGAAACCUGAAGAAUUCUGAUAAUGUGCAUACAGCCCCAAGUGGAGGAGUCGCCUCAAAGCUCAAAGAUCUUAGCAUUCACCCUCGCGUUGAGGUAGUCACGCCUAGCAACGCUACGUGGUACCCGGUCAUGCGCACGGAAAAUUCCACAGACUAUGUCUUUGUUUUCAGUAAGGGGAGUGCAGCCCAGGGGUACCUGAGGGUCAACUCCAUCAAAACACCUUAUACUCUAAACAGUUGGACCGGAGAGCGGACAGCGCUGCUCAAUUUCCAAAUACAUGGCAACACUACGGUGAUACCAUUGACGCUCGCCUCAAGUCAAACCACUGCCUUCGCUUUUAGCGAUGAUUGGGCAUCUGAAGUCCCCACGCCGGAGACUCACGCAGUUCAAUUGCCGUCAGAAGCCGUCGGAUACAAUUUUACAUCCGAAAAGGAGCUGAUUGUGCAGAUGGCCACCGGUGCCAGCUCCGCCAACCAAAGUUUGAGAAUUUCAAACGGCAGGAAAUAUGACAUCCCAGCCAACAGAGACGUUUCCUCUUUCAGGCUGAAGAAAUGGAAUCUAGUAGCAGAACAUUGGGAAGCCCCACAGAACAUGUCAGAUGCUACAGUGAUAGCCGACAAGCGCAAUACGACACACCAUCUGACAUCACUGGUAUCAUGGCUGGACAUUCCGGGCCUUCGUAACGCAUCGGGCGUGGGAUACUACUCUUCUCAUCUCCUCUGGCCACCGAAAUUCUCAAACAGCACCGAAUCGAUCGAUGGGGCUUAUCUUUCUCUUCCGCAAAUAUCGCACGGUCUCAAGCUAUUCGUGAAUGGGCAGGCCGUGCAAACAUUGGAUUUUGCGAACCCCAUGGUAGACAUUGGGCCGUUCUUGCACAAAGGCUCCAACGAAAUUACUGCAGUUGUUCCGACUCUGAUGUGGAACUACAUUCGAAGCAUCUACGAUGAGCUCGAGAUAUCGGGCUCGAAGCCUUUAUUGACAACCUUACCAGGGAACGUACAUACUGGAUUGAUUGGCAACGUUACCGUCAUUCCUUACACUGCCCAUCGUGUUUCAAUAUGA